AUGGUAUUCCUCAACUUGCUAACAUUUGGUUUAUGGGGAAAGCUCGGCCGACUCACCCACUAUGCCUUUGAUGCCGUCCUGUUCUCUGCAUUCCUCGCAGGCAUGAAGAGGAGUACCGGUUUGACUCUGAAGAAAGACUCCCUCACCGAGAACAAGGAGGUCAGCGCAUGGAUCGAGAAAUACCUGAAUGUCGGAGAGUGGGUUUUGGAUCAGUCGGUGGCGGUUGCGGGGUCCAGCGGCUGGUUCGAGAGGAAGCGGGAUCCGUGA